AUGAUGGAGAUUUCACAGGCGAGACCAUCUCCUUCACCUGAGCCGCCGAACCCGCCAAAUCCAUCUCCCGCACCGUCGCAGACGCUCAGCCUCUCCCUCCUCAACCACCGUCUUGCUCACUCGGCAGUCUCACUAGAACCGAACGGCACCGGAUCUAGGUGGUUUCUACGAUGCAUCAAUGGCGGUUACCCAAGUCACUACCAUCUCCAUCACCGCCGUUUACCAGAUUCAACCGACACCUCCGCCGGCGAAGGUUAUCUCGUUAGCGAAUACUCUCUGGUCCCCCUCCUCUCUGUCCCACCUUCCCGACGCCUCAAUCGUAUCUCCGGCGAUAGUCUGAGCAGGAUCCGCCGCUGUCUGCCAAAUUUUUUGCUCACCGUCACUGCCGGCUUCGGCCAGGGAGAUCGCAGAUAUCCUAUCGACUCCACCACGAGAAAAGUUCUGCAGAUUGGGCUUGGCCCAUUUGGUUUGACACUUGGGCUUGGCCGAGAUGGAGAUUGA